AUGGACACCGUCAACCAGUUCGGCUUCAGACUCCAGUUCCAAUACAUGCUCGCUCAAGAGAAAUGCUCCAACGGCGUCGUCGCAGCAAAUAUCUACUGCUGCCUUAUGAUGGCUGUGGCCGGCUCGGAGAGCAUAAACAUGAACGCCUUUGCCGAAGUGCUCCGGUUUGAUGCUAGCAGUGACGCGCUAGGAGUCACGGUGCAGAAUAUUUCGCGGUUGCAUAAGUAUUGCAAGCCUUGCCCUAGCAAAAAUGGCGGUGUUGUUGAACUGGUCAUUGGCAGUUCCGUGUGGCCCGGGAAGUCGAUUGAGAUUGAGCCGCGAUGGGCGAAGCAAAUGGACCAGAUGUUUGAAGCAACUAUUGCGCCACAGGAGGUGUACGCGAUGAAUGCUUGGGCGAGAGAGAGUACGCGGGGGAAGAUUCAGAGUGUUGUUAGCGAAGUAGAUAUGUCAGAUCAGGAUAUUAAGCUGAUGACGUGUUUGUACUUCAAGGCGAAGUGGGAGGUCCCGUUUGACCCUUAUCACACACGUCCGGGUGCAUUCUUUGGCUUUGGCGAAGAAGGGAUGAGGAAGAGUGGGGUAACGAGAUUGGGCAUGCGCUGUCCUAUGAUGCGGCGGACUUCUGAUAUUCUGUAUAUGGAGGAUAAUGUUGCGCAGAUGUGUGUGCUGCCGUAUCAGACGAAGGAUAACAACAUGAAUAAACCCCAGCCAUCACCCUUCCUCUCGAACCACCCUACCGCGACAAGCUCGACAGUAUUCGGCAAUACGAGUGGUCCCACCGCUGAACUGGCAUGGAACGCAGUCAUAAUCCUCCCCAAAAACCCCGGCGCAACGGCCAUCCUCGACAUCCUCUCUCACUUCUCCACCUGCCCUUCCACCCUCCGCACCACCUUCAGCAUAAACUCCCAAAACAGUACCACCACCCCCUCCUCGAAUCUAAAGCCAACAUACCUCCGCCUCACUCUCCCCCGCUUCACGCUAAAACAAAGCACAGAUCUUUCCGAGCUCCUUUUCAACCUGGGUCUACGGCCUGUCUCCCGCCCAUCCCCAUACUUCUCGCCCCAUGACGCCUUCGAAGUACGCUUAUAUCUCCAACAUCAAACAUGA